AUGCAAUAUACUCGCCCAAGCCUCGUGACCACAAUCAACCAAGAACUCCUGUGCACGCACCGGAAUCCGAUGGAUGUGGCAUAUGCCCUGAGUGAAAUCUACAAUGGCAUAUAUUCAUCCAGAUCUCAGGUGCAUUCACUGGAAAGGAAAAGGUACACGGGAGUCGUCAUUCCAGGUACCCUGCCAAAUACAUUAUAUCUUGUAUACACGCAAGCAGAAAAGGAGUCCCUUACAAGCCAGGGAUAUGGUUCGGGUCCUGGGUCGCGAAUUUUAACCGUACAUGAGGCCCAAGGCCUCACAUACGGGACAGUGGUCAUAAUGAGGACAACAACAGAGAAGCACAAAAUUUAUGACAGCGUCCAACACGCAGUAGUGGCAGUGUCCAGGCACACAGUCUCCUGUGUAUAUUACACGGACGAUUGCGACGAUGCGACUGGACGGCUGAUUGAAAGCACGAUGGCUGCGACAACAAACAGAAUUAAAGAAUACAACCUAAAAAUGGCACUAAGAAGCAGAGACGCAGCUGUCGUAGAGGCCCUGACAACGGCGAAUUGA